UGUCUACCACCACAGGGAGACCUCUGCCCCCUGGGGCUGAGAGGCCCCUGUCUUUUCCCAAGCUGAAGCUACACGGUAUUGAGGUACCAGCCAGAUGUCUUCCCACAAAGGAUCUGCAGUGGCACAGGGCAAUGGGGCGCCUGCCAGUAACAGGGAAACUGACACAGUGGAACUGGCUGAACUGGGACCCCUGCUAGAAGAGAAGGGCAAACGAGCAGUCGCCAAUCCAACCAAAACUGAAGAAGAGCAGACAUGCCCUGUGCCCCAGGAAGAAGAGGAGGAGGUGAGGGUACUGACACUUCCCCUGCAAGCCCACCACGCCAUGGAGAAGAUGGAGGAAUUUGUGUAUAAGGUCUGGGAAGGACGCUGGAGAGUCAUCUCAUAUGAUGUGCUUUCUGACUGGCUGAAGGACAAUGACUACCUGCUGCAUGGCCAUAGACCACCCAUGCCCUCUUUCCGGGCCUGCUUCAAGAGCAUCUUCCGCAUCCAUACAGAAACUGGCAACAUCUGGACUCAUCUGCUUGGUUUUGUGCUGUUUCUCUUUUUGGGAAUCUUGACCAUGCUCAGACCAAAUAUGUACUUCAUGGCCCCACUACAGGAGAAGGUGGUUUUCGGAAUGUUCUUUCUAGGUGCAGUGCUCUGCCUCAGCUUCUCCUGGCUCUUCCACACCGUCUAUUGUCAUUCAGAGAAAGUCUCUCGGACUUUUUCCAAACUGGAUUAUUCAGGGAUUGCUCUACUCAUUAUGGGGAGCUUUGUCCCCUGGCUCUAUUACUCCUUCUACUGCUCACCACAGCCACGGCUCAUCUACCUCUCCAUUGUCUGUGUCCUGGGCAUUUCUGCCAUCAUUGUGGCCCAGUGGGACCGAUUUGCCACGCCGAAGCAUCGGCAGACAAGAGCAGGAGUGUUCCUGGGACUUGGCUUGAGUGGUGUGGUGCCCACCAUGCACUUUACUAUCGCUGAGGGCUUUGUCAAGGCCACCACGGUUGGCCAGAUGGGCUGGUUCUUCCUCAUGGCUGUGAUGUACAUCACCGGAGCUGGCCUUUAUGCUGCUCGAAUACCUGAGCGCUUCUUUCCUGGAAAGUUUGAUAUAUGGUUCCAGUCUCAUCAGAUUUUUCAUGUCCUGGUGGUGGCAGCAGCCUUCGUACACUUCUAUGGGGUCUCCAACCUUCAAGAAUUCCGUUACGGCCUCGAAGGUGGCUGUACUGAUGACUCCCUUCUCUGAGCCUUCCCCCCAAAGGGGUGGAGGAGGAACUUCCCAAGUGCUUUUAAAAAUAACUUCUUUGCUGAAGUGAGAGGAAGAGUCCGAGUUGUCUGUUUCUAGAAGAAACCUCUUAGAGAAUUCAGCCCAUUUUCAUACCCCCUGGACAAUGCUUCUUUGUUCCUAGCUGGGAAGGGAUUGAGUGGUCUUAGCCUUUCCCCUCCCCAGCAAGGCGACUCGUCCCCUCACAGAGACAGUACUUCAAAGCUCAUGUUGAGAUUUUACUCCCUCUUCCAGCCAUUUUGGAAAAAAAAAAUGAUAGACUGGGACUCUUCAGAAAUUCUGUUUCUGGAAAAUGUCCUUCCCUUACCCCUCCUUACUUUGUAACCUGGCUUAUAAUGGGCCCUCCGUUUUUGUAGCACACUUUUCAAAAACAAUUAUAACCUGGUCCAAUCUUUCUAGGGCCUGGAUCUGCUUAUACAGCAGGAAGAACAAAGCCACCAACUUUUACAUA